CAUUGAGGUGCAUUGGGCACCAAUUGCUGCUCCAUGGCUGAUGCACAGCACAGCUGUGCUGCUCCAAUGCAUUGCUCUGAGGUUCCUGUGCUGCCUCAGCACGGAGAGAAUUUGUGCCAGCAUUUCAGGAGAACCUUCAUCUUAAACCUUGCAAAGCAAACGUUUGAGCUGUGGAUGGCGAUUGAUUUGACUGCUUUUAAUUGUGAGCUCCUUGCUGAUGAGAUUUCUGCUGUAUGAACAGCGGCGUGUGCUGGAACGCAGGCUGCCCAACUCGGGAGGAGGUGCUCGCCCUUCGGUGAGUGGUGCAAGCUGCAGCCAAAAGAUGCUGCCAAGAUGCCUGAGAGUGCCUGGAAGCUGCUUUUCUACACAAUAUCCUGGUCCUAUGGCUGCUACCUGCUGUUCUUCACUGACUACCCCUUCUUCUACGACCCACCGUCCGUUUUUUAUGACUGGAAGAAGGGCAUGGAUGUGCCCACGGACAUCGCUAUCGCCUACCUGUUGCAGUGCAGCUUCUAUGGGCACUCCAUCUAUGCCACUGCCUACAUGGACACGUGGCGCAAGGACUCUGUUGUCAUGCUGCUCCACCACGUGGUUGCUCUGACCCUUAUAGCCUUCUCCUACGCUUUCAGGUACCACAACGUGGGCAUCCUCGUGCUCUUCCUGCAUGAUAUUAAUGACGUGCAGCUGGAAUUCACUAAGCUCAAUGUCUACUUCAAGCACCGGGGGGGUGUCUACCAUCGGCUCAACGACAUCAUCUCCAACAUUGGCUGCCUCACCUUCAGUGUCAGCUGGUUUUGGUUCCGUCUCUACUGGUUUCCCCUCAAGGUGCUCUACGCCACUUGCUACUCCAGCCUCCAGUCGGUUCCUAAUAUCCCCUUCUAUUUCUUCUUCAAUGCUCUGCUCCUUGUCCUCACUCUGAUGAACAUCUACUGGUUUCUGUACAUCGUCCUGUUUGUGGCCAAGGUGCUGAUGGGGCAGGUGCACGAGGUGAAUGACGUGCGUGAGUACGAUGUGGAGGACAGCAAGAAAACCACAGCGGGCAAGAAGAAAGAGAGUGGGCUCCAGCUGCCCAAUGCUCUGAAAGAAGGGAUGCACCUGAAGAACGGACUUGUGAAAGACAAGCGGUUAUAAGAGCGUGGCUGCUGCAGCCUGGCUGGAUCUGGGGACUGAGCCAGG